AAAAGAGAAUUCAGCUCUCAGCCUCCCGUAAUUCUGCACUUUAUCAACGUGCGAGACGCGCUUUCACGCAGUUCUCGUCGUUUGGAGGCUGCGACUGGGCUACCAGAGAAUUAAUAAAAAAAAACGAGAGUUCAGACUGAGAUAAUUGGACAGAAGUGAAGAAGAGAGCUGAGAAAUUUUGUAUAGCGAGAGACGAUCCACGGGAAACUUGGGGAGGAAAUUUUAUUGCAGUGGAAUGUCGUCUGCAAUUCUUUUAAUUAUUGUGGCUUCUUGUGGAUUCGCUCACGCGGGUCCCUAUCACGGGCGGAGGAUACCGGAGAUUCCUCAAUAUGAUUACGACCUGGAGGAAAGCGACAACUACGAAUAUCCAUCGGCUCCAGUGACGCGAAUGUCCUCGACAGACGUCGACAUAUCUGUCAAUUCUCUGGAGAAGUCAAUUGCGGAAAACGAUGGGAAGAAUGACAAGAGUCGUCCUGGCACUAAAUCAUUGCAGACGCGUAAACUUUCUCGCAGAUCUAACGAAAAGACCCCCGAGCGUUACAGGGAGACCGUCAACGUCCACGAUAACCGCGAUGUAUGGGGAUCAUUUGACCCGCCAAAAUCAAAAGGUCCUGUGAGGGAUGAAGCCACCAGUGGUGCUACUAGUGACACUGAUUACUCCGAGAAAAGGGGAAACAGGCAUUGGAAUGAGAAUAUAAAUACUUUCCAAGUCACGGACACGCCCCAGGUUCCGGAUUAUUCUGAUGAUGUUCCAGACAUCAUGGAAAAAUUGGAAAAAGAAUUGGCGAAGACCAAACAUCCGUCGAAAGAGUCCGUGGAAUCUUCAGAAAAUACAGAAACGACAACUGGAGUUCCAAAAUUGGUAGCAGAUCAUCCAGAAUCACCAGAAGAAUCUCCAGAACUAUCAACGCAGUCUCCGGAAAUAAUAAUAGGGCCAUCGAAAGCGGUAAAAGAAGUGUCGAAAGCACAGGAAGAUUCUCCAAAAACAAGUACAGAACAUCUGGAACGAGUGACAGAGACUGCGACCCCCGAACCUACGAAAACAACAGCCGUUCCUCCGAAGUCAUCGGAAGAACCUCCAAAAGUAUCAGAAGACUCUAACACAUCAACUGAAUCUCCGAGGCUGACGGAUCUUCCAAAAACAACACCAGAUUUCCCACUAAAAUCAGAAGAGUUGAAAGACCCUUCGACCCUUCCAAAAGAAGAUCAAUGCAGCAACGGCUCCUCAGACAAGAAUCAGCUCUACAGCUUGAGCUUUCCAUCCACAAAUUCAUCAGCAAAACCAAAGCACAGAACAACCCUCCACUCGCAGAAUGAAUUGACCCUCUGCUGGAUCGAGACCGUCACCACAAAGGAAGACAACUCCACGAGUCCACCAAAACGACUGGUCCUUCGCGAGUACACGAUUACAUUUGAAAAUUCGGUUCUGAUUCCGGACGAAUACUUGUGGUGCCCCAGAGCCGAGGGAGAAGUCUAUCCCACGACCCAGGAAGAAGCCGCCGGAUCACCCUUCCAAGAGUACUUUGCAAGCGACACACGAAAGAGUAAAGAUACCCAGUUCCAGAUAAUUGACGACGAGGGCAACGUCACGGUGAUCGAGGAAAAAACAAUCAGAUGUGGGGUGGGAUCGUUCAUAACGAAAAACAUCUACGAGAGACUGGACAUAUCGGGUAAUUCCUUGAUCCAAGUGGAAGUAAAAGUGGGACCUUCCUUGAACACUGUCACUGGAGCACCUGUCGAAGAGACAGUCUCUGAUGAAGUUUCUUCGAUCUCGGUGGACUGCUUGAUCGCCGGUACGUGCAAUGCCCUGAAGUCUGUCAGUACAACAACUAGACCAUCAGAAACGUCACCAGACACAUCAGAGACGACUCCUCCAACUGUUGACAUCGAUGGAGACAAAACGAAGAUGACACUAGUCCCUGAGGAACUUGUUUGUGACCGCUCCAUGGGGACGUGUGGUCCCACAAGGUCGACCUCCAGUGCAACUGUGACAUCAGCACCCCCUCAAUCAGAAGAUCAGCCUGUCUUGGGAGAUAGUACACCAUCAGAGGAGCCGAAGGACCUUGAGGUUUCAACGCAAACAGAGUCAACGUCACCUGAAGAAGAGAUUCUUCUGGGUGACAACGUGACAGUUCCAGUUGCCAUCAGGACUACAUUUCCAACAACUCUCUGGACAGAAGCGCAGUCAGUUCACAAGCCGCGUUAUGCUUUGAAGCUCCAAGUUGUACUGGACAGGAUCGAUGAGAAUGACAACAGGGAGACCCUCGUCAACCUGAAGAAGGAAGUGGCGUUGAAUCACAAGAACCGGACGUACAUGGAUCUGCUAGACGCUCUCAAUCACACCGUCAGCGAUCUGGGGGUCAUAAGGGACUUGCUGAAGUGCUCGGCCUUCGAGGGAAUGUCCCCGAUCAUCUGGAGCUACGUAGACUCAGCGGAGGAACCCAACGCGACUCGCAGGAGUCGGAGUUUACCGGUUACAGCGUCUCAGAACGUUUCGGAGAAGCAGGAAAUUCUGGAGCAGUGUCUUCCGGACAUUAGGGCUGAUAUCUCCACGGGGUUGAAGGAAAUCAAAUCCCAGCUUUCAAGAAGUGGUAGUGGGGAUGUUGUUGGGAAGACUGGAGAUGUUGUGCCGACGAAGACGUCGAAUUUCGGGACGGAAAGGACUGAUCAUAGGAGAUCCCGAAGGAGUGCAGGUGCUGGGGAUAGAGAGGCCAUCAGUCAGUGGUCCAAUGAGAGAGUUAGAGAAGCUUCAGAUGGAGGACAUAUCCGAAGCUUCACGGAGUUAGUUGUGCUUGAAAAUUCCGAAGUUGUCUAGAUCGAUAAAUCAAUCAUUGACUUCGCAUUUCUUUUGUCUAAAUAUUAUCUGUUCCAUUCUGUAACGUAACGUAGGAUUUUUCGGGGGGAAUAUAUAUUUACAAUGAUGAAUAAAUAACUUCAAAUGGAUAA